AUGGCAAACAAUAAGACAAGAACUGGCAAAAACACAAUCAAAAACAAAGCAAAAUUACCUAAAAAGAACUAUAAAAAUAUGUCAAAGAAUAAACCAGGAUUAAUUAAAAAUAAAGAAGUUGGUAAAAAUAGUGAAACUAAUAAUGAUAUUAUACUUGAGUUGAUGACAAAAUAUACUGAGCUAAACCAAACAUUUGAAUAUAUUUUAUAUUCUAAUAAGUAUAAACAUACAUUAACUGAUGUUUUUAAUAUUAUAAAAAUGCUAUUUUCCAAGUUGGAAGAAUUGCAAAAACAUGAUGUUGACCUUAAAAAUAUUUUUGAAAAUAUUAAUCUAAAUAAUAAAAUUAAAGGUUUAAUCCAAAGUACUGCAAUUAAUUUAUCUCAUGUUGUAGAACAAUUAGAUGUAAAUGAAUCUACAUUCUUAAAUUUUGCACGUAAUUUUAGACCACUGACUACUAACACUGACAAUCAAGAAGUUACAGAUAGUCUAGUAUCUAGUUGUGCUGGUAUACCUAUAGUAUCAGAAGACCCUAUAGUUUCAAGUUCACAAUCAUGUAAUAAUAAUUGUUUAAAUCAAAAAAUAAAAAUUGAAAAUAUAAGUGACCAACUCAUUACAAACAUAUUUGGUGGACAAUACACUAUAGUAUUGUCAUCAGAUGAUGAGUAUGAAGAAUUCAAUGAUAAUAAUGGCUGCAAGAAACAGUAUUUAACAAAAAGUAAACCUAUCAAAAAUGAAGACUUAGUAAGUUAUGUAAUAGGAUCAGACAUUAAAGAUAUGUUUGACCAUGAUAGUUCUAGCCAUGAUGUAAUUUCACCAUCAAGACAAAGUCAAGAUAUUAUUAUUCCGAAAUCCAAAUCACAACAUAAAACACCUGUACCAAAAAUUAGGAAGGUUAAGCCAAAGGUGUCUAAUGAAGCUAUAGAUGAAGCAAGAAAAGCUGACUUUAGUUUAAGAAAACGACAGAUUGAUCGAAAUAAUGUAAUGUCGAGUAUAGUUAAAGAAUUACAUUUAAAGCCACAUGAUAUAGUGUUAGAAUUUGAUACUGUUCAAAAAAUACCAAUAGUAAAAAUUUCUAAAGAAUUAGCUAAAGUCUUAAAAAUACAUCAGGUAGAAGGUGUUCAUUUUUUAUGGAAUACCGUUUUUGAAACUGUGGAAAAAACAAAUACCACUGAAGGGACAGGGUGUGUUUUAGCCCACCGAAUGGGCAUUGGUAAAACAUUGCAAAUUAUAACUAUAAUAUACACUAUAUUGUGCCAUACCCAAAUUAAUAUAAAAACAUUUUUAAUCAUAUGUCCACCUGGAUUGAUUUAUAAUUGGAUGGAUGAAAUAUAUAAAUGGCUAAAAGAUAUUGACAUAGAUGAAGUUGUUAAAGUUUAUGAUUUGCCUAAGACUCAGAAACUAUACAAUAUAACUAACAUAGCCACAUGGAAAUCUAAAGGCGGUAUUCUUAUUCUUAGUUAUGAGAACUUUAAGAGUUUGGUUAAUUGUAAACAAAGUGAUUUACGAGAAGCAUUCUAUCACACUUUAGUUGAUCCUGGGCCAGACGUUGUUAUUCUGGAUGAAGGACACUAUAUUAAAAACACCCAAACUAUACUAUUAAAAAGUUUAACACAAAUCAGAACAAAAAGAAGAAUAGUAUUAACUGGAACUCCUAUGCAAAAUUCUCUUAAAGAAUAUCAUACAUUGGUAGAGUUUGUCAAACCUAACAUACUGGGAAAUCUUACAGAUUUUGUAACAACAUUUAUCAAACCAAUUGAUGCUGGCCAAUUUAUAGACUCGCAUGAUGAAGAUGUUAAAAUAAUGAAGCAACGUACAUUCAUUUUACAUAAACUCUUACAAAAUACUGUCCAUCGCAUUGAUGAUAAAAAUCUAAAACCUUUAUUUACAAAUAAAAUAGAAUAUACAAUAGAGAUUAAUUUGACCAAGUUCCAAUGUGAACUAUAUGAGAAGUUCUUACAUUAUAACAAAGCAUCUAAUGAUGGUUAUAAUGUAUUUUUAUGUUUACAUGUGUUGACAUUAAUAACAUUACAUCCAUUAACAUUAUACAGAUUGAAACAUUUUAAAAAUAGCAAACAACGUGAAUUAGGGACUGCAGUUGAUGAAAAAUUAUCAAAGGACUUGUCAUGGAUUGAUAGUUAUGGAGAAGAUCCAAGAUUUUUUGAAGCUAAACAAAGCAAUAAAAUCACAUAUGUUUUAAAUACAAUUCACGAAUGUUCCAAAAGAAAUGAAAAGGUACUUUGUUUUUUAAAAUCACCAUUAGCUUUGGAUGCCUUAGAACAUUUUUUACAACAAGAGAAAAAAUGGAUUUUAGGAGAAGAUUAUCUUAGAAUGGAUGGUAAAACACCAUUAUCUAUACGAAAUCAAAUGUGUGAAGCUUUUAAUAACCCUGAAAAUACUGCUAAAGUUUUUCUCUUAUCCAUGGGUACUGGUGUUCUUGGAUAUAAUAUGGUUGGUGCUAAUAGAGUAUUGUUACUCAGUACAUCGUGGAAUCCAAGUAAUGAUUUACAAGCCAUUUAUAGAUGUUUAAGAUUUGGUCAGAAAAAAACUGUUUAUGUUAACAGAUUGUUAGCUAAAGGAACUGUAGAACCAAAAGCAUAUUAUCGACAAAUUUCUAAAUUAGGAAUGGCUAGCAGUGUUGUAGAUUUACAACUUAUGAGUCGAAAAGUAUCAUAUGAUCAAACUAACGACUUAUUUACAUUUGAUUCGACAAAACAUUUUAAUCAACUAAUACCUAAUACAAAAGAUCCUGUACUUAACCAACUAAUCAGAUACAAUUUAGAAUCAAUUAGUGAUUUUAAAGAACACGAUUCCAUGCUUGUUGAGUCCGUGGAAGAACAAUUAACCAUUGAAGAACGUAAAGCACUUUGGUUAUCAUUUAAGAACAAGCAAUUGCCAACUAAAAGUUUGAUUAAACCAAAACCACUUACAAAGUUACUAAAUACAGAUGAGCUUAUAGCAAAAUAUAAAACAAAUAAAAAAAUAAGUGAGUCUUCUGGUACUACAAAAAACAUCCAACCCAUAGAGCCACAAGUUGUAAUACAUUCUAAUGAAAGUCAUGGUUCUACAAUGCAUACACAUCUCAACAGUGCCAAGCAAACAAAAACACCGAUAUCUAAAAGAAAACAUUCAACUUUAACAAGUACUACAGAAACCGUAAACAAUCCAACACAUCCAAACUCUCAACUAAAAAUUCAAAAAUUGUUUGAAAAAUCUGACCGCCAAAGACAUGUUGAACCCAUACAAAAUCAGUUCAGAAGUUUUCAACAUAAAACUUUUAAUCACCAUAAGAGGCACCUGGCAUCACAUUAUCGUGCUCCUCAUGCAACUACGUUAGCAGAUACCAGACAUCGACCCGAUCCAAACUUCCGAAACCAAUCAAACCAUAAUCCAUGUAGUAUAAACCGAACAUGGUAUCCUGAUAAUCAAACAUCUACUGAAAAUAAUAUUUUAAACCGAUCUGGUAUGUCAAGAUGAAUAAGUCUAAUAAUUUCUUUGGAUUACAUAGAUUAUUAUCCUAUAAAAGUAAUUAUGUUGUAAAAAUGUAAUACCAAUACAAUUUAUGAUGAUAAGUUUUGCAUACAAAUACUAGAAACAUGUUUUAUGUUAAGUAGUUAUUAUUUUUAGAUUUCUAGUAUUUUCCCAAGUUUAAAUUUAAAUUAUUAAUAUGUACUCGUACUACCAUCUUUAUAAUUUUAUGAACAUUUCUAUUAUUUAUUUAAAAUAAUAAAUAAUUACUAAAUUAUAUUCUAUGUAAAAUUAAUUGUAUUAUUUACACAAAAAAAUAUAAUUUUUUAUUAAAGUGUAUUUUUUGUUUGUACAUACUACAUGAAUCAUUAUGUGAACUGAAAUGAUAGCACACUAUUAUCUUAGUUCAUUGAAGGUCAAUUGUAAGAUUUUAAUAUUUAAUAUUACUAUGCAUGAUGUGGCAAAUAAAUAAUAACAUAAUAUAUUGUUUAUACUUAUUCAUUGUUUAGUAUUAUUAUUAUUAUCCUUUGAUAAAAGAAAAAUAUGUAUCCUAGUUGUUCCUUAUUUUUAUUUUAAAUUAAAAGUACUGUUUAAAAAAAUAUAUUUAGAGUUUCAUUUUAACUUUCAUUUAUUCAUUUCCACUUGUAAAAAAUCAAAAUAUGUUAAUACAUUAUAGAAAUAAAUGAAUUAAUUUGUUUAAUUGUUUUGAGUUUUUGUUCUAAAUUUUAUUUAAAAGU